CUUGUCCUUUUCUUCUCCCAUUCCUCUGUAAGUGCUGUCAUCCUUGAUCGUUUUUGUUAGGACUAUUUGAUCUCUAUAUAUACCCAUGCUGGACAUGUGAUUUCCCUGUUGGCCGUUCUUCCCCUCCUUCUUUUUCUUUUGUUUCUUUCUUUCUCUCUUCUUCCCUCCCACCCACGCCUCUCGCACUUUGUCCUUCCAUCCUCCUCCCCAUCCUUACCCUUCCAUCCUACCCUAUCCUCCCUCCCAUUUGGUUCACUCUUCUCAUCUCAAUUCACCUAGGUUUCGUCAGGUUCACAAUGUCUGAGCAGCCUACUGAAACGACUGCGGCGCCUGCUGCCCCCGUUGCUCCCCAGCAGCCCACCGAAACCACCCCAGAGGGCACCGUCGCUCCCGAGUCCCAGCAGGCAGAGAAGCCCCAGGAGAAGGCGGAAGAGAGCGAAGCUCCUGCGGCCGAUGCUAAUGCCACCACCGAAACCCCCGCUAAGCAGGAGGAGCCAGCCGCUGAGAAGCCAGCUUAUUUGGCCAACAACCCUGCUCUGGUUCAGCUUUUUGGGCGUCUCCCCGCCAUCCUCUCCAGCACUGGUCACGAGGAGAUGUGGGGUGUGUCCCUCAAGGACUCCGAUGAUAUUCCCACCGUCAAUGUCUUGAUCAAGUUCCUUCGUGCCAAUGAGGGUAAUGUCAAGUUGGCUGAGGAGCAGCUGACCAAGGCUUUGGAAUGGCGCAAGUUGAUGAAACCCGUUGCUCUGGCUGAGUCGGGCAGCUACAGUGCCUCCAAGUUUGGCGGAUUGGGUUACUUGACCGUCUACAAGGACGCUGAGGGUAAAGAGACCGUUACCACUUGGAACAUCUAUGGCGCUGUGAAGGAUAUCCCUGCUACUUUCUCUAAUGCCGAUGAAUUCAUCAAGUGGCGUGUUGCGCUCAUGGAGUUGGCUGUCAAAGACCUCAAGUUGAACGAGGCUACUUCCGUUAUUGAGUACGACGGCGAGGACCCAUACCAGAUGGUUCAGGUUCACGACUACCUGGGGGUGAGCUUCUUCCGAUUGAACCCUGCCGUCAAGGCCGCUACCAAGAAGACCAUCGAUGUUUUCGCCACGGCAUACCCCGAGCUUCUUCGCGAGAAGUACUUUGUCAAUGUUCCUUCCAUCAUGGGCUGGAUGUUUGCUGCCAUGAAGGUGUUCCUGAGCAAGAACACUACUCGCAAAUUCCACCCCAUCUCCAAUGGCGCCAACUUGGCUCGCGAAUUUCCCUCGAUUGUGCACCAGUUCCCCAAGGUCUACGGUGGAGAAUCCCCUGAGCUCUUGGAAACUGCGAAGACCGUCAAAUUGGAGGCCGAUGCCGAAACCCCUGAAGCUCCCAAGGAGGAAGUGAAGGAAGAAUCUGCCAAGGAGGAGCCGGCCAAGACUGAACCAGCUGUCACGACUGCGGAAGCUCCUGCUGCUGCUGAGGUCAAAUAGAGGCGUCAGUGAAUGGAGAUGAGAAAG